GUCGCGGACUUGGAUGCAGCGAGGACUCUUAUGCUCCUGGUGCGCUCGACGCGAGCCAUUCAACAGCUGGCCUCACGGACAACAGUCGCAGGGAGCGACUGGGAGCGUAGGCAGUGGCUACUGCUGCAGCUGGAAAGGGGCGGCGGCGGCGGUAGUGGCGGUGGUGGUGGCAGACCCGCUAUCCCAGAGGAGCCCAGAGUGGAGACGCAACGGCUCCUGAGUCUCCCGGUGAACUGAGGAUACCAUGACAGUCACAGUGGUAUAUGAUAACUCUGAGGCAACAGAGCUCUGUGCGGCUCAGCACCUCUACCUCAAGCCCAUAGCAAAAUUGAUGAUCAGUGUAUUGCUCCCAGAAAGUAUGGAUCCUGUGAGGCCCUUCUCUAACUGGGAAGUUCUUGACCAGCUAAAGAGCCUCAUUUGCCCUGACCAGUUCACCACAGUUCGGCUCUCCAAGAGUACAAAAGACUUUAUCCGAUUUGAGGGUGAGGCUGAAACCAGAAGUUUGGUUCAAAUCUUAAAGGCAAAGUUACAUGGAAAGAUCAUCAAGCUAAAUGGUUUGAAAACAGACUUAAAAGUAGUGGCUACAGAUGCCUUGGGAGAGUGGGAACACUUCCCCAGGGAAAAAGAAGCUUCACUGAGUGAUGGGGCUGAAGAGCAGGACCACGAUAAGAGCCCAGAUUCCAUAUAUUUUGAAGGCUUGCCCUGUAAAUGGUUUGCACCAAAAGGUUCCAGUGGGGAGAAGCCAUGUGAAGAGAUUGUUCGGGUAGUCUUUGAAAGUUUCGGGAAGAUCAAGAAUGUGGAUAUCCCUAUGCUUGACCCCUACAGAGAAGUGAUGACUGGUGGGAGCUUUGGGGGGUUUAGCUUUGGCUUGCAGACAUUUGAGGCCUUUAUACAGUACCAGGAGUCAACGGACUUUAUUAAAGCCAUGGAGUCCCUUCGAGGGAUGAAGCUGAUGCUUAAAGGCGAUGAUGGGAAAGCUCUGGCAUGUAACAUUAAGGUUAUGUUUGAUACAACCAAACACUUCAGUGAAGGAGCUGUAAAGAGGAGAAAUCAGGAAAGGCUAAAAUUACAAGAACUGGAGGAAGAAAGGAAAAAAGAAAAGAGAAGAGAAGAGGAGGUGGCUGAAAGAAAAAGAAAAGAUGAGGAGAGGAGAGCCCACGAAAAGAGGAAGAAGGCCAGGACCAGGAGGCGAGCCCUGAAGGAGAGGGACAGCCACAGGUCAAGGAAGCAGAAGGUGAAGGCCAAAGCUGAGGCACCUGAGGAGCCAGACUCUCCAGAAGAAUGGCAGGAGAGGAAGCACCUGCUGGCUCAGAGGAGAGUUGAGGCCCUUCGAUUGCUACGGGUACUCCUGAGGAAAAUCUCGGGAUCUACACAAUUUAACCCACAGGAGGUUGACAUUACAGGACCCGAAGCUAUUUAUACUCCAGGGAACACAUUGGAAAUUCUGGAGGAAGAAGAAUUCAACACUCAGCAUCUUCCAAAUCAAGAAGAAAUGCCAAAAUAUCAGGUUGCCAAGUCAGAUAAUAAACAAACACAAAAAAUAAAGAAACGAAAUAGGGCUCGCUUACGUCAAUUUUCUCACUGCCUUCGGGGAAAAAAGUUAAGAUACUCAACUAGAAGAGAGAGGACUGCAAAAUUAUUAACUGAUGGAUACAGAUUGGUCUCUGGCCAGAAUUCCUUGAAAACUACAAUGAUCCAAGGUCAGUCUCUUGAAAAAGAAGACCACCACAGUUCUAAUAAAUCCUAUUCUUCAAGAUUCUCUGAGAGAGACCAUGGCAGGAAAGAGAAGAUCUAUGAAACAGAUGAAUUUAUUAACUAUAUAUUAAACUAUUAUCAGACUCCAAAAUAUGCCCGGAUCUGUCUACAACCAAGUCACACAACAAGCACAUAUCAGUGGCACAGGGACGUUCAUGCUAAGGGAAAUGGAUUUGAGAUCAAUUUGAGAAAACGCAUGCCUGACUCAAUCAUUUGGAGUCAAAUCGAAAACAUUGAAAGGAGAGAACAGGUUCAGGAAGAUGAUUACUGCUCAAAGGUAUGUACUCAGGAUCCUCAGGAUAAACCACAAAACAGGGGGAAAGUGGAUUAUACCAAAGAGUGCUCUAAGAGAUUUAAAAAUGAUUGCAAGGAUACAGCCAGUGAGACUGGUGAUCAGCUGUCCCCAACUGAUGGUAAAAGCCAUCUCUUAGAUGACCAGGUCCAAGAUUCCAAAUCCCAAAGGAAAAGUCAAGAUUCUUCCCCCUCCAGCUCAGUAGGCUUAGAUGUGCAUUUGACAGAUUUCUUAGAGGAAAUUAGUAGUGAUUCUGAAUGCUUCAGUGAAACUCUUAGCAUAAACGAACAGGAGAAACAGAAAUCUGUGACCACAUAUCAUGGUUCUCCUGAAAAAGGAAAUCUUGAUGCAGAUGAAAUCAUUACCUGUGAAAGAAAAACUAGGUCAAGUCAGCAGACUUCAUAUUCAGAGUGGAAACGUGAUGGUGAGGAAAAAUACUCCAAAUACAAGCUUAAGACACCAGGCAAGAGGUCUAGGAAUGAACCGAGAUGUUCAUGGCUUGAGGAUGAAAGCAAUUCCAUUAAUGAUGAGAAGAACAGCAGCAAAAAGAGGAGAAAAAUGGCCGCCAACUACUUGUUUGAUGAAGGCUACUACCAUGAGUCCAGUUCCAGUGAUCAAUUAGAGGACAACACAAAGAAGAGGAGGGUUAGUAGGAGUGCACUGGACCAGAAUUUGAACUAUAGAACCUCACAUGUGCCAAUAACAUCAAAAAGUGCUAAUGCUUUCUAUUUGGGAUAUUUUCCCAAAAGAAGAAUGAGUCCUUGGAAGGCAGACUAUAACCAGGAUGCAAGAAGGCUUAAAAGACAUGAGAAUUCUAAAGAUCUCAUAUUCAGUUCUGAUAAUCAUCAUGUUAGACAUAAUAGUCAGGAGCACAUUGACUAUGGAAGCUAUUUAGCAAACAACUACACUAGUUCUUUAUAUUUUCAAAUGUUCUGAUGGCUACUUUGAUCAGGAACACUCUUAUUUAUAAUAAAUGAUUUGGAAAUAAGAAAAUUUAAAACCAAAUAUAACUAUGUAGUUAGUAACUACACAGCAAGAGCUUGAGCAGGGUCAAAUGCAAAACCUUGUUUCUCUUUCCAAAGUGUAAAACAUAGAUCAAAAUGACCGCAGGUGUGUUGGCAAGCUUUGGAAAUAUAAAACCUCUGGAUCAUGAAGCUUGAUAAAGCAAUGUGCUUGCAAAGCUUCAUGAUUUAAAUAUUUCUUUCUUUCUUUUUCUUUCUUUCUUUUUUUUUUUUUUUUUUUUUUUUUGGUACUGGGGAUUGAAUCCAGGGGUUCUCUACCACUGAGCUAUAUCCCCAGAUCCUUUUAUUUUUGACUUUGAGACAGGGUAUCAGUAAGUUGCUGAGGCUGGCCUCGAACUUGAGAUCCUCCUGUCUCAGCCUCCUGAGUUGCUGGGAUUAUAGGUGUGUAUAACUGCACCUGGCCAGGACAGACUUUUUUUUAAUACCUUUAAUUUGGUGCCAGUGAAGGAGCAGAUUAACAUUGAGAAGGGUUGAGAGAUAGCCCUGUAUGGCUCUUUUGCUGACACAACAUCAUCAUUUAGUAUCAUUCAUCUUCAAAGAGGACAACGGUGAACAAAUAAGGAACCUUUUACAUGUUUUUUUAUUUGGUCAGAAACACCAAGUGCAAUAACAAUCCUUUCUCACUUUUAUUUAUUAAUAAUUAUAGAUAAAAGAGAGAGACCACAGCUAGAGCAUAGACUUCUUCAUGACAUUAGAGAGUUUUUUCAGUAUCCACAGGAAGGUAAUUCAUCAUAUUAAUAUAUGUCAAAAAAACCCAAAGAGUUGUCCUUUUAGAGACGAAGUUUGGAAUAAGAAUUUAAAGAGGGCUCAGAUUGUCCUUUGUGGUUUAAAUGGUCAGGGAACAAUUAAUAGUUUUUGUUGUUGUUGUUGUGUUAUGAACCCCAUAUCUUUCCAUCAUGGAAAAGCAACAGGAUUGAAGUGAUAUAACUAGAGGGCUUUGCAAAAUGAAAUAUUCAAUAUCCUGGAGCACCAAUAAUGGCACUUGGGAAGAGAAGAUAUGACAGUUCCAUUUCAGGAUAUGUAAUUCUUUCACUCAGGGUUGGGUGACAUCGGUUUGUAAAAAGUCACUGAAUAUCCCCAAACUGACUUUUAUAAGACAGUAACAAGUGCCUCCUCAAUCCUCAAUUAUGCCAUGGAGUUAGGAAGAGUUAAGGGAAAAAAACAUAGUUUUCUGGUUGUGGAAAAGUUGUAUGUGUUCAGGAUUUAUAAACUCUAUUUAACAUAAAGAAUUUAUCUUUUUACCUACUCAUUUUGGACUUCUUAAAUAUGUUUUAAAAUUGAGACAUUUUAUAGAUUAUCUUAAAGACUUAAAUCUUAGUGCAGCAUAUGUUCUAUAGAAAGCUUGGCCAAUGAAUUCUGCCUUAUGUUGGAUUUAGGACCUCAGGGGCAGUAGAUAUCCUUUAUUUUCCCAACAAAGCUAUACCUGACCUGGCAAUAGAAGAUAUCAGUUAGAUUAGAUACUGCCUGCACAGGAAUAAAAUGAUUUUAAUCCACAAAAUCAGUGAAAGGCAACAUUUUCAUAUUACAAUUCAUUUCAAACUAUCUUAAUUUGAUAUUCUGUAGAAAAGCACCAGCUAGUAGAAACAGGUAGGAUGCCAGUCAGUGUGGUUGCAAAGAAUGAUGUCGCACAAUGUGUGCCCAUAACCAGCCUCUUGAGCAACCUGGUAUCUGAAGUAGCUACAAAGUCUCAUUUAUCUAAAGAGCCACAAGUUUCAUGGAUCAAUUUGUAUUUUAAUAAUGAUAUGUUAGAACAUGCAAAAUUCAGAAGUGAACACACCAUAGCAGAUCAUGUCUAUUACUAACAAUAACUAAUGAGUAAUUUGUUGGCUCUCGUGCUCAAUCCCACUUUUAAGCCAGUGACUCCACUAUUAAAACUAGGUUUGGCUAAUCAAAUUUGAAAAAGUGCUCAUGGGGCAAGUGCCUUUUCUCCUCUGAGGACUAGCAAUGACUAUUCAUGUUCAAAGUGCUGUUGUCCAGAGUAGCCUUUUAAACAUACUAACAGCUCAUAUUUUGUCAGACAACUUUGUUAACUAGGUUAUUAUCCACCUCCAAUAAAAACCUGUCUCUUUAUUUUUUCAUACUUUAUGUCAUUGAAACAAAGAACUUUCUGGGUUUGUAAUGGAAAAUAGCUAUGUUUGUUUUGGGGGAAAAAUCUCAAAUUUUUCCAUCAUUUGAUAAUUUUUGUCUUUGCCCAGUUUUUAAGACAUGGAAACAAUUUACUGCUCAGCAAACAGACAUAAAAAAUAAAUUGCUGAAUAUAGCAUGUGCAAUUUUUCUUUGUAUAAUAGAACUGGUGCUAAUUCAUUUUUACAUGGUAUUUUUGUCUGGUUUGUUUGCUAUAUACCAUCCUGGGACCUAGAAGAAAGUAAGAAUACAGGUUUUAUGUUGACUUUCUGAACAACCUGUAUUUUUUAUAGCUUGUGGUAAUGCAUUCUAGAUUUGAGUCAAUCUUUUUGUGUAGGCCUUAAAUGAGAAAGACAACUUAUCCUGUACUUUUCAAUCAAGUGGCUUAGUAGAGUGAAAUAGAACUGAAAUUAUUAUAACCAUAUUCUCUUAAUUGAUGUUAUUCUUUGUUGUGCUGUUAUUUAAGUGGUGCAAAGUAUUUUCUCAUAUCCUUUUUCUAUGUUGUAUUAAAUAAGGGCCUGAACUUUAAACUUUGUCUUUUUAAAUAGGUAUUUUCAUGUUUUUCCUUGUAUGUGCUGCUCAUACUGCUGUAAGAAAGCUAAAAAAUCUGUCAUGUUUUUUUGUUCAGUUUGAAUUUCUCAGGUAGAAAGCCAUGUAACUUGGUAAUUUUGAAAAUAGAACCAAAUAAAUGUAUUUUUUAUUUGUUGCAAACUGUUUAAAAUGUUAAUUUUUAAAUAAAUGUUGAUAAUUCCACUUUUGGGGGAAGUUUCUACCUGUAGAAUACAGCAUUGCACUAAUGUUGCUCUUUUUCCUCAUUUGCAUUGUUAGAGAAAUAGUGACACAUUUAAUUUUCAUAUAUAUUAAAAAUAAAAUUGUCAUAGUGACUGUUGAGUCUUUGUUCAUUUGCCACAUGUAUUGGCUAGAAUAUUGAACACUCAUAAUUAACAGUUUGUCUGAAAACAUAGUGACCAAUUUUAAUAUUGUUUUUAUGCCAGUUUUCC